AUGAAAUCAGGCUAUCAACAGGGUGGAGUUGAAAAUACUCACACCAAGAUAUUACUAACGUCGUUGUCGGCCAUGGCGGCCGAGUUAACUACUUUCCCCAUAGACUUGAUCAAGACCAGGCUCCAACUCCAUGGUGAGCCACUUUCCUCAACUUGUCCAACCGGUGCAUUUCGAAUAGGCUUAGACAUUAUUUGUGAACAAGGUUUUCUUGGCCUUUAUAAGGGCUUGUCUCCGGCAAUUUUAAGACACCUAUUCUACACACCUAUUAGAAUUGUUGGGUAUGAGCAUCUGAGGAGUGUUGUUUCUGCUGACCAUGGGUCACCCUCUAUUAUUGGGAAGGCUGUUGUUGGUGGAAUCUCUGGUAGUAUGGCUCAGGUUAUUGCAAGCCCAGCUGAUCUUGUCAAGGUGAGGAUGCAAGCUGAUAGUCAAAUGAUGAGCAGAGGUCUUCAGCCUCGCUAUUCAGGACCAUUUGAUGCUUUUAACAAAAUCGUUCAAGCUGAAGGGCUUCCAGGGCUGUGGAGGGGUGUUUUACCUAAUAUCCAAAGAGCCUUCUUAGUGAACAUGGGGGAAUUAGCCUGUUAUGAUCAUGCUAAGCAAUUUGUUAUUACACACAGGAUAGCAGAGGAUAAUGUUUAUGCCCACACAUUAGCUUCUAUCAUGUCAGGUCUAGCCGCAACUUCUUUAAGUUGUCCCGCAGACGUUGUCAAGACUAGAAUGAUGAAUCAGGCCGCUAAAGAGGAAGGGAAAGUCUUAUAUAGGAGCUCCUAUGAUUGCUUGGUAAAGACAGUUCAAGUUGAAGGAAUAAGAGCACUCUGGAAAGGAUUCUUCCCCACUUGGGCGAGGCUUGGUCCAUGGCAAUUUGUGUUCUGGGUUUCCUAUGAGAAGUUUAGAAAGGUUGCCGGGCUCUCUUCUUUCUAG